AUGAGCGGCUAUCAAAACGGAGAGCGGCCCGUCCGCGUCGACGACGACAGCGACGUCGAGGAGGAGGCCCUCGUCAACGACUACAAGGAGCAGGUCCAGUAUGAGGACAACAUUGGCGAGGACCUCGAGCAGGUCAACUCCCUGACCAUGGCCCAGCAGACCGACGACAUCCAGUCGCGCCUCGCCGCCGCCGCCCAGCCCCUCGACUUCUCCGCGCCCCUCGAGGUCAAGUUCCAGAGCUACGACUCCUACUGCAGCCUGUUCCACUUCAUCCUCAACAGCGAGGGUCCCGUCGACCUCGAGCCCCCUUCGUACUACUGGGCCUGGGACGUCAUCGACGAGUUCAUCUACCAGUUCAACUCCUUCUCGUCCUACCGCAUGCGCAUCGCCCGCCAGGGCAACAACGAGGAGGAGAUGCAGGUCCUCAAGGAGAACCCAAACACCUGGGGCUGCUACUCGGUCCUCAACGUCCUCUACUCCCUCAUCCAGCGCUCCCAAAUCACCGAGCAGCUGGCCGCCAUGCGCCGCAACGAGGACCCCAUGGCCGUCGCGGGCGAGUACGGCUCCAAGAACCUCUACCGCAUGCUGGGCUACUUCUCCAUCAUCGGUCUCCUCCGCGUCCACUGCCUCCUCGGCGACUUCAGCCUCGCCCUCAAGACCCUCGACGACAUUGAGCUCAACAAGAAGGCCAUGUUCGCCCGCGUCAUGGCCGCCCACUUCACCACCUACUACUACGUCGGCUUCUCCUACAUGAUGAUGCACCGCUACGCCGACGCCAUCAAGAUGUUCUCCCACAUCCUCGUCUACGUCUCCCGCACAAAGAACUUCCAAAAGAACGCCCAGUACGACUCCAUCACCAAGAAGAACGACCAGAUGUACGCCCUCAUCGCCAUCUGCGUCGCCUUCCAUCCCACCCGCCUCGACGACACCAUCCACUCAGCCCUCCGCGAGAAGUAUGGCGACCAGCUCCUCAAGCUCCAGCGCGGCGGCCCCGAGUCCCUCCCCAUCUUUGAGGAGCUCUUCCGCUCCGCCUGCCCCAAGUUCAUCUCCCCCGUGCCCCCAGACUUUGAGAACCCCGAGUCCAACAUCGACCCCGUCGAGCACCACCUCGCCGUCUUCAUGGAGGAGGUCAAGAUCAACAUGAUGAGCCCCACCGUCAAGUCCUACCUCCGCCUCUACACCACCAUGGACCUCAACAAGCUGGCCGGUUUCCUCGAGGUCAAGCCCGAUGAGCUCCGCUCCUGGCUCCUCGUCAACAAGCAGCGCACCAAGCAGUUACGCUGGACUGACCACCCCAGCCUGUUGGACGGCGACCUCAUCAACGUCAGCGACCUGGACUACGCUAUGCAGGGUGAUCUGAUCCACAUCUCGGAAGCCAAGGUUGGCCGCAAGCUGGUCGACUGGUACCUCCGCAACCUGUCCCGCACGUACGCUUGA